GACAGUUUAUUAAAUCGUUGGAAUCAUUAUUGCGGUCGGAAAAGCAACAUUCAAGAAGGUAAGAAGUAUAAAUAUGACCAGCGUUCUGAAGUUCGCUGCCACUAAGUAACCCAUCAUGUCUAUGCCGACAGAUGCCCCGGAACUUACUGAAGAUGAUCAAUGAUCCGUCAAAUCUUGGGCAAUCUUAUAGGAUCAGUGGUCCUCCAAGGAGUUUUACACGGGCUGUACACCUCCAUAUUGGCCAUCACCCUUUGGCAGCUAUGGACCAGCAAAGAACGGCGGAAUAAGGUCGUCAUGGGCGUCGUCGUCACUGCCAUAUACAUUUUGACUACCAUCAGCUUCGGCCUCACCUGUUCCUUCCUUCGUUAUGUAUUCAUCGACAAUGACGAGGAUAUGGUGACAUCCUACUUCGCCUCCCAAGCCAGAGACAGGCAUACGGUAGCAAAAAUUAUCGUUACCGCUACUUGUGGAGGGAUCAGCACAAUCCUCUCAGACGGUACCAUGAUCUGGCGGUGCUGGAUCAUAUGGGGACGAAGCUGGCUCAUAAUUAUUUGCCCCAUGCUCUGCACGAUCGUAGGUAUAGUCUGCAAGGUUCUGUCGGUGUACCAUCUUGUCUCGGACAACGUCAAUGGAGUAGACGAACAGACCGCAUAUGGCACUAGGAUCAAUUGGUCCAUCAUUUACAUCUCUCUCAUAAUGGCGACGACUGUUUGGUGCACCCUGCUAAUCAUUUUCCGAAUUGUAAACGUUGGAAGGAAGGUCGAACAUGGCCUCCACCGAUACCGCCGCAUCAUCGAAGUGGUCGUGGAAUCAGCGGCUUUAUACACCGCUUCGCUGAUCGUGCUUCUGGUGAUAGUCGCGCGGAAUGAUACACAUGGAGAUUAUCUUGACGUCAUAACCACCACGAUAAGGGGCAUUGCCCCCACUUUGAUUGUUGGGCGCGUCGCGGCAGGGCAUGCGCGCCCUGAUGAUUCAUGGCCUAGUUCGGCUUUAUCGUCCCUACGUUUCGGGGCCGCAGUUCACAGGGAAACGGAUAUGGGCACUACGGCGAGCAUGGCCAGUCGGAGGGUCGACAAUCAGGCGGAACACCAGAGCCAUUCGCAGGCGGCGUCCCUCCCUGUGUGA